AAGGACUGGGCCCCCUCCGCCGCCCCCGCGAGCGGAGCCUGCAGCGCUCUGGAAGGGAGGAGGAAGGACACCCCGACGGAGCCUGUGAUCUGUGAUCGGCGCUACUCCAAGGACACCGCGCUUCCAAGCAGCUGCUGUAGAAAUAGCUUAUCCUUCCAAGAGCAUCUGGACCUUCAUUUCCUCCCUGCCACUGAUUCAGAAGCUGGCAGCCUGAACAGGCACUGGCGAGCUCACAGAGACUUUGUGGAGGCCAUGCCGAGUGGAGAGCCUGCACUGGCCAUGGAGGAGAGCAGCAGGCCGGACGAGGCUACGGCGCAGGACGGCGUGUGCCCCGGUCGCCUGGGGGCGCCCUACGCUGAGGCGUGGGGGUACUUCCACCUGGCACCUGCGCGCCCCGGGCACCCGGCUGGCCGCUGGGCCACCUGUCGGCUGUGCGGACAGCAGGUGGGCCGCGGCCCCGGCUUGCAGGCGGGGACCUCGGUGCUGUGGCGACACCUGAAGAGCGUGCACCGGCAGGAGUUGGAGGGUGGCGGUACCCGACGAGGGCUGGGGAGCGGCAGUAUGCCCGGCCCUGCCUCGGCUCCCGAGCGAGAGUGGGCGCGGCUGCGGGAGCAGAUGGGCGCUCUGGCUGAGCAGGGCCGGCGGCGCGAGCAUGAGCUUGCGCGGAGGGAGGCCGCCGUGGCGCGGGGUGAGCGUGCCCUGGAGCGGGGGCGAAGGGCGCUGCGGGCGCUGGAGCGCCGGCUGCUGGCUGAGCGGGAGGCCCUGCAGGCGAGGCUACGGGAGCUGGGCUGGCCUGCAGCGCCGCCCCCGGCCGCUGUCCCGAAAGAGGACCCCGAGACCAGACUCCGGGAAGGAUGCGAGGCCACGGAGGUCCUGCUGUAGGGCUCGGCCGUUACAGCCGCAGAUGGUAGAGUAGCAAAUGCGGGGCCUCCCCCCAAGACCUGCCCUGCUUCCUGCUGGUGCCUUGGACUUCCUGCGCCUUGGGCGGGCACGCUUGUGUACGAGGAACAGAGCCUCACAGAAGGGGACUGGAGAGCCCCAGCAGCCUUGGUGCCAGGCCACUUGAGGUUGCUGACUAAGGCCUGGAGCUGCUGCACACGGCGGACUUCACGUUAUGUGCCUGUGCGCCGUGCCAACCCAGGGAGGGCAUGGAAACGCAGUGUCAUCUACUCUUGAUGAUUUUGGCCUAGUGCAGAGUUCUGCUGAGGAGACUGUAGUUUCUGCGGCUGCUCUCCGCCCUCGCCCUCACUGUCUCCAGAACCUCACUGAGGCAUCUCCAAGCACUGGCUCCCGGGCCUCGCACCGUGCACCUCGGCUGUCUUCUCCCAGUCACAGCCCCACAGCACGUGUCGCCACUUGCCCCUUUCUGGCCUUGUAUUUUUACCUCCAGACAGCAAGACAUGACCAUAUCCCUUGUCCCCACAGCGCUGCUUUCCUGUUCUGGCCCAGGGCGGAAGCACCCUUUGUGUCCAAAGCCACUGCCCUCUUCGGCGUUUGCCCCACCACACACGGCCGCUUUCCCACAGUUUAGUCUCCCGCAUGAAAACCGAGCUCUGGGAGUGCUGGGCCAAGCAGCGCCAGCUGCCCGCACUUGCUCUGCUAGGCUCAUCUACAGGUCAGCUUUUCAGGGCUUACUCAGGUCUUCCCAGGUCGCCACUCGCCAAAAGCCACGUUUGUCACGCUUAGUGUCUUCCUCCUUGGAAAGCCUUUGGUAGGUGUUACAUGGCUUCCUCCCAAAGAACUCCUUUUCCGGUGUAAACCAGUUCUCUCAGUUUUCCUCAGGCUGCUUUAGUUCUCCCGUUUUUUGACUCCCAAGCAUCCAGCAAGAGUAGAAAGGCCACUGAACAAAUCUGUUCAAAUGAACAGAAUAAUGAAUGCUCAUGGGCAUCCCCUCCACCCAGACUGGCAGAGUUCAUAUUUUGUCUUAUUUACAUUCUUUCCAACCCAUAAGUAUUUCAGCUUGUAUCUCCUUAGAGACAUUGUCAUCAUGGUUACAGUAUGAUGAUCAUACUUAAGAAUAUAAUCAACUUCCUUAUGGCCUCUAAUAUGAAGUCCUUAAUCAGAGUCAUUGUUUCAACAAUGACUGUUCAUCAGGUCCAGUCAAGGUUCAUACACAUAUUACUGUAGAUUGAAACCCAUCUCUUCUGCCCCAAAACUUUGUGAAGCACCCACGUAUUAUGAAGUUUUUUGUUUUUCAGGGCCAGUUAUAGAGCUAUAGUUAUGUGCUCCAGUGAACCCUCCCCUAUCUUCCAGUGCUUUCCCCAGGGGCUGACCCACAGGCCCAGGCUCCACCCCCCCCCCUGCACAUUCUGCCCCUGCCUGCACAUUCUGCCCCUGCCAAUGGGAGGGGCAAAGCUGUUCUUCUCAGCAUCCUACCCUUCACUGAUAGCCACUAUGUUCUAAGCGCUGUUAGUUCAGGUCCAAGCCCCACACUCGCAUCCCCUCCCUUUGUUCUCUUAGCGGCUCCCUGGGGAAUAAUUGCUAGUACCUGUUCCGCAGCUUGAACAAAUGGCAGCUGGUACACAGCAGAGAGGGGAUCCAAAGCCAGUGUGCCAGCCUCUGAAGCCAGGCUUCCAGCUACUGAAGUGCUUCCCAAGAGCUCCAUGUGCCUGUCACCUUAGUGGACACCUAUUUGUCUCCUAACUGCGUUCCCAGUUUAGUAGAAUUAGCUGGAACUAGGGACAUUAUUAACUCUUACUGAGCAUUUAGUACUAACAGUCACAACUAUGCUAAAUAUUUCAGAUGAGUAACUUCCUGUCAUAUGGCAAAUCCAUGACAUAACUCCCAUUUGGUAGAUGGGGAAGACCCAGAAGUUAAUAGCCUCACAAUCACACAACUGGUAAGAAAGUGAUUUUUUAUUUUAUGCAAAAAUCAAAUUUUAUAAUAGAGUAAGUUAUUACACCAUGUAUCAUCAUUUUUAGUUGCUCAGAGUACAAGGCAUAAGCCAUAACAGUUUUCACAAAGAAGAAACAAGCAGAUAACAAAUCAGUGAUCUGCACUCCAGUUUCACUGGAUCCCAGGCCCUCCACUAAGCCCACUAGCACAAAAUUGUAAGCCCACCUAUGGCCAUGACACAGGGAACACUUAGCAUCCAUGUGGGUCUCAUAUUCCUGUCCUUCUGCACCACCUCUACCUAACAACUUGGCCAAUGCCAAAGAACUGUCCUAAGUUAGUGUUGGUGAAAUAUUUUUCCUCCUCCAAAGCCUUUGAUGUCACUUAAAAAGCUUUGACUCUGUGGCCUUACAUUUGAGCCUCCAUUGCUGCACACCAGAGUUGUGUGUACCCCUCCCCCUACAUCUUCUGGACAUUCUAGCCAAAUUGGACUUCUUCCUGACACCCUAGCCUUGGCAAUUCUAUACUUUGGUUUGUAUCCCCUGCAAAAGCCCUUCAAUUGCUUGAGUAUGAAAAAUCCCAUAGAUUGAGAUGCUGCUUAAUGGUAGAGAACUUGCCUUGUCUCAGGCCCUGGGUUUGAUCCUCAACAUCAAAACACACACACAAAACCCACCCAUUUUGUAAGGCUGCAUGAUGCCUUCCUCGACUGCUCCUUCCUCCGAUUUCCUUACUUUGUGUCUUACAACUCUUAGAAGAGCCUAUCUAGCAGAUGGCUGUGGGUUCUAGUUUUACUCAAUCCUGCCAGGGCCUGAGUGUUUGAGAGUAGCUUCCUCAUCCUCCUCCCACAGUGCCUUGAAACUAAAAGCUGCUCAAUCAGUAUUUGAGGCAUUGACUCCACUGUCAAGACUUUUACAAGUUGGUUUUCCUGUAAUGUAGUUCAUUGGUCUUUCUUGACUAUAAUACCUAGUAGAAAAAACAAAACAAAACAAAACAAAAACGCCUAAAAGAAAGCAAUACUCUGUUAAAGCUCUUUGGCCAAUAAAAAUUUUAUAAGUGUCAUUUAUUAGGGUGUUUGGUUUGCAUCCAGUGAACUCUUAUAACAUAGAUUUGUCAAAAUGUGCGUAAUACUUUUAAUUAUUUGAGCCAUACAAAUGUAAUGCUUCAUCUAGGUUAUGGUUUUUCUUUUUGUUUUUGUUUUAGGGAAGGGUCUACAGGGUG